CGGGAUGGGGCGAGCUCAGCUCCUACACCGCAGGACCUCGGUUGAUCGCCGCGGCGGAGCAGCAGCGGGCGGCGCGGCGCGUCCAGCAGGGCCCGGCCGUCCCCAUGAGCGACGGCCGACCUCACGUGCGCAUCGGACUGGAGGAGCUGAGCUGUGUCGCCAGCACCGACGGCUGGCGGAACGUGCGCGUGCGCGCGCUGGCCCGGCUGGGCGGCUACAACGCGGCCACCAACACGGCCGUGCUGGGGAGCGUCGCCGAGCCGGACGGGCCGCACUUCGUGCCGGUGGACCUGCGACUGCUGGAGGCGCCGCCGUCGGCCGACCUGGUCGAGGUGUUCGGCGAGGUGCAUGUGACCGACGGCCGGCCGUACGUGCUGGCCAAGUUUUUCAGUGACGCGAGCGGCGUGGACCCGGCGCUGUACCAGCGAGCCUCGGAGCAGCUGGGCCGGCUGUUCCCGCGCCUGCAGCGCUGAGCGUCGCCGGCCGCGCCAUGGAGUGCCACGCCGAGACUACCGAGCCGGCGUUCCAGCCGGCGACG